AUGAUUGCUGCCGCCGCUCGCCCUGCCUUCGCUGCUUCCCGUACCGUUGCUGCCCGCAACUUCUCCGCUACUGCUGCCCGUCGCUCCGGCGGUCACGGUGGUGAUGGCCCUCGCGAGAACCUUCCUUUCACGGUCGGCUCUAAGUACGGUUUUGGAUUCGCCCUCCCCUUCGUCGCUGCUGCAUGGCAGUUGAGCAAGUCUGCCGCAUAA